AUGAUUGAAUAUCUCAGAAGCGCGUUUAAUUCGAAAUUGUUUUUGGUCACCACUGUUUUGUUGUUAAUUUAUAUAUAUUUAAAAAAAUUUGUGUAUUCUUAUUGGAGUAAGCAUCAAGUGCCCCAUGAAGACCCCACAGUGAUAAUUGGAACAGUUGACAAACAAUUGUUAAUGCAGAAAAUCACCAUAGGUACUCUUUGCAAAAAUAGUUAUGAAAAAUUCAAAAAUCAUCCAUUUCAUGGAAUGUACAUGUUUUUUUCACCAACAUUGAUGGUGAACGACCCGGAGCUCAUUAAACUCAUUCUAGUUAAGGAUUUUUCACACUUUAUCGAUCGCGGAUUAUAUGUUAAUGAAAAAAUUGAUCCUUUAAGUGGUAACAUGUUUCAAACAAAUGGUGAUAAAUGGAAAACAAUUAGAACAAAAUGUAGUGUUUUUUUUACAUCUAGCAGACUUAAAAAUAUAUUUCCCAUUUUAUCGGAAAUUGCUGAUGAAGCAAUCAAUGUUUCUAACGAGAAUCUAAAAAAUAACGACAUAUUGGAACUGAAGGAUUUUUUGGAAAGGUACUUUGUCGAUGCAAUUUUCAGUAUUGCUUUUGGAGCCAAAGCGGGCACCAUUAGAGAUCCGCAGAAUAUAUUUCGUUACUACGGAAAUUUAGCAAUUGAAAUGCGACCUGUGCAUGUAGCACUUUCGUUAUUCGCUCCAAAUAUCUUGAAUUUAUUUAGAAUUCCUUUCAUUCAUCCUAAAGCUUCAAAAUUCUUGAUAAGACUAUUUGAAGAUAUGAUUGAAAAACGAAAACGAGAAGAGGAAAAAAAAAAAGAUUUUCUGGACGUUUUGAUUGAUUUGAUAGAUAAUGAACAAACCAUAGGAAAAGACAACGAAGAUACAUUUCUUAAGGAUUUAGGAGAAGAUAAAGUUUCCAGAAAACUUACAGUGCUGGAAGCAACGGCACAAGCAUUUGUAUUUUUUAUUGCUGGAUUUGAAACUUCAACUUCGACUGUAAGUUUUGCUCUACACGAACUUGCUGCAAAUCCCGAAAUUCAAGAUAAUUUGCACAAAGAAAUCGAUGAAUUUUUACAAUCAUCCGAAUCUCUUAAUUUUGAAAAUCUGAUGAAUUUGAAGUAUCUCGAUAUGGUGUUUAAUGAAACGCUUCGCAAACAUCCAGUAUUACCUGUUUUAAAUCGAAUCUGUGUGAAGGACUAUCAAAUACCAAAUUCCAAUUACUGCAUACCAAAAGGAAUGAGAAUAAUAAUUCCAGUUUCCGGGAUUCAUCGCGAUUCAAAAUAUUAUCCUGAUCCAGAGAAAUUUGAUCCAACAAGAUUUAAUAAAGAAAAUAGCGCGCCCAGACAUCCUGGAACCUAUUAUUUACCUUUUGGUAUUGGUCCAAGAUAUUGUAUUGGUAAACGUCUCGGAGUUUUUCAAAGUAAACUGAUUUUAUUUGUUUUAUUGACAAACUACAAAUUUUUCACGUGUGAAAAAACUCAACCGUUAAGUUAUAUAAUAAAUAGUUUUUUACAAAAACCCGAAAAUGAUGUAAAUUUAAGAAUCGAAAAAUAUUUUGUCGAUACAAUUUUCAGUAUUUCUUUUGAAGACAAAGCGGGCACCAUUAGAGAUCCGGAAAAUAUUGUUCGUUACUACGGAAAUUUAGCAAUUGAAAUGCUACCUGUGCAUGCAGCACUUUCGUUAUUCGCUCCAAAUAUCUUAAAUUUCUUCAGAAUUCCCUUCAUUAAUCCUAAAGCUUCAAAAUUCUUGAUAAGACUAUUUGAAGAUAUGAUUGAAAAACGAAAACGAGAAGAGGAAAAAAGAAAAGAUUUUCUGGACGUUUUAAUCGAUUUGAUAGAUAAUGAACAAACCAUAGGACAAGACAACGAAGACACAUUUCUUAAGGAUUUAGGAGCAGGUAAGAAUGUAUUUAUAAAAAUUCAUAAUAUUGGCAAGUAA